AUGUCUGCUACAAGUUUCUCAGUUGUUGCCGCUGGAUCAACCUGCGCAGGUUUGAUAUCCAAUUGCUCUAAGAUUUUCCCUCAGAAGGACUCAGUUUCUUGGAGCAAGAAAACUGUCUCAAAUGGCUCUAAAACUCACUGCAUGAAGACUUGGAACCCCAUCAACAACAAGAAGUUUGAGACCCUUUCAUAUCUUCCACCUCUCUCCGAUGAAUCGAUUGCAAAAGAGAUUGACUACAUGAUCAAAAAGGGAUGGAUCCCUUGUCUUGAAUUCGACGAGGUGGGAUAUGUGCACAGAGAAAACAGCAGGAUGCCAAAUUACUAUGAUGGGAGAUACUGGACUCUGUGGAAGCUGCCCAUGUUUGGCUGCAAUGACUCCUCUCAAGUUCUGAAUGAAGUUCAAGAGUGCAAAAAGGCAUACCCCAAUGCUUAUAUUCGCUGUUUGGCAUUUAACAACGUCAAACAGGCACAGUGCAUGUCAUUUCUCAUCCAGAAGCCAAACACAACCUAA